AUGGUUGGGGAAUCACAAUCUGCGCCGCUUCGUCUCUUAAAUCCUCUUCCUAGCUUCCCGCAAACUCGCGAGAAGAAUGCUUCACCAAAGGUGUUGAAUUUGGUGAACUUUCGGGUUGUGGAGUUAGUUGAAGCAUUCACUCUCUGGCAUCCUAAUUAUUUCUUUCGCAAAGUAGUGGUGCUCUCUAAUUUUCCUUGCAUGGUGUGUGUUAUGUGUGUUGAUGGGAAGUUGCAUGUUUGCACGACUGAAGAUAAGAAUUGGAACAUCAUGGAUUUGGAUUAUAAUGAGACACGUUAUCGAGAUAUAAUCAUUCACAAAGGGCAUGUUUACAUUUUGGAUAGUAAGGGAACCAUUUUUUGGAUUGACCCUUCAUCCUUGAAGUUGGUACAAUAUUCACCCUCACGGUACAGUGAUUAUGGCUUCCGAAAGGAAAUGGUGGAGUGUAAUGGAAGUCUUUAUGUCGUUGAUAUUAUACAUAUUCAGGUUCUGCAUAUUCAAGAGCGAAAGUUUGAAGCUUGUAUUGAAGUUUACAAGCUUGAUGAAGAAUGGGGUAGAUGGGAAAAUGUGAAAAACUUGGGUGAUGUUCUGUUUGUUUUGGGUAACAACUAUAACUUCUCUCUAUCAGCUCAAGAUUAUUAUGGAUGUAAAGGAAAUUGCAUCUACUUCGCUUUCAGAAACACAAUUUUAUGUUUCAGCUUAGAGGAUUCCAAGCUUGAGUUACAUAAUCCUUUAUGGCCUUGCCCCACUCUGUUUAACCCAAAGUUCAAUUUGUAA